AUGUUGUUCUUUCGCUGGACCCUCUUACUGACCCUUUCGGGUCUGGCCCUCGCCUAUCCCGCCCCUGCGGAAGAUCUCAGCAAGCGAGCUCCCUCCAAGCGGGAGACGCCUUUGAAUGCCUUCCUAUCCACGCUCCUAGAGUAUCUCCCUCCGAUCAAUGGUGCUAUCGAUACAGUCGUCGGCGUCCUCACCGAUUUCGAGACGCUCCUCGGAGACCUGACGGGCGACCAGGAGACCUACAACCAGCUCGGCGUGGGGCCAUGCACGGAAUACACGCUCAUCUUUGCACGGGGCACUUCUGAGCCUGGAAAUGUAGGGAUCCUGGUCGGGCCUCCCUUCAUCGAUGCGCUGCAGGACUUGGUUGGCUCUUCAGCGCUCACAGUGCAGGGGGUGAACAACUAUGCUGCGAGUGUUGACGGGUACCUGGCAGGCGGGGACCCGGAGGGAAGUUCUGAGAUGGCAAAGCAGAUCGAGCAGGCUUACGCACUCUGCCCCAACACGAAGCUCGUUGCAUCGGGUUACUCGCAAGGCGGGCAGCUCGUCCACAAUGCCGCGGAGCUGCUGCCUCAAAACGUUGCUGAAUGGAUCAGCUCCGUGGUGAUUUUUGGAGAUCCAGAUAGCUCGUCGCCGGUGGCCAACGUCCCAGCUUCGAAGGUUGACAUCAUCUGCCACGCGGGUGACAAUAUCUGCGUGAAUGGAGUUCUCAUCCUGCCCGCACAUCUUACCUAUGCUGUCAAUGCAGCCGCAGCCGCCCAGUUCGUGGUCUCGCAUUAA